UGGCAGGGAGAAACGAAAACCAAAACAAUGGACUUACUGGGAGACGUUUCUUGACGAGAGACGAGCCUGAAGCUAAUUUACGUCAUUUUUUAAAGGUAGUCAAGAGGUUAGAGGUCACUGAACCAGCGCCAAGAUGUUUAAGCUGGAGUCGUACAUCACACCGCUCAUCAUGGGCUACGUGGACAAGUACGUCAAGCUGCGACAGGAAGACUUCCAGCUCAGCCUCUGGGGCGGCGACGCCGUCCUCAACAAUCUGGAUCUACGUCUGGACGAACUGGAAAAGAUCAUCCAGUUGCCGGUGAUGUUUCAGAGCGGCCACAUCCACGAGCUGAGGCUGCACGUCCCGUGGACAAAGCUGGGCUCUGAGCCCGUCGUCAUCACCAUCAACACUGUAGAGUGUGUUCUCAAGGUGCGGGACACGGCGUACGACGUCAGCUCCACCACCCAGUCCUCCAGCACGCCAGGCAAAACUGUGCAGCACAAGCAGAAGGCAAAGAGACGCAGCCAGUCGGCGGAGGAACUUCCCCCGGGUUAUCUGCAGAGCAUCGUGGGUCGCAUCAUCAACAACGUGACCUUCGUCAUCAACAACCUCAUCCUCAAGUUUGUGGAAGACGACAUUGUUCUGUCUGUCAACGUCAAGUCGGCCGAGUGUUACAGCGUCGACAGAGGAUGGAACCGAGCGUUUGUUGACCUGACACCCGACGACCUUGCCCUUCGCAAAGUCCUGAACUUUGCCGACCUGACCGUCUGCCUGGACAAAAGUAACGCCAGCGGCCACAUUGAGAGCUACCAGGAGCCGCUGGCGUACCGAUGUGCCCUCACGUGUAGACUCAUCAUGGAGUACGAGACCACCACUGCCAAGUUCCCCAGGGUGACGCGGUUCAACCUGUUCUGUGAGACGCUGAGCCUGUCUCUGUCCGACACACAACUCCCCCUGUUUGUGCGUCUGGUGGAGCUGUGUAUCGCCAUGUACUACGGCGCGCUCGACAUCCCAUCAUCCUCCACCGCCUCCCACACAGAGGAGGCCUCCGACCAGGUCGCCAUCGAUGUCGGGGAGAGUCAGAAUGACGACCCAGACGCUGACACAGACAUGUUUGACAACCCGGACCAGGGCUGGGCAUCGUGGGCAUGGUCGUACGUCCCGCAGAUCCUGCCGGAGGACAGCGAGGACGUGGACGGUGGUGGGGGGGAGGACGGGGCGCGGCUCCGAGGGAAGCCGGCCGCACACAUUCUCUCCAUCGGCUUUUACAUUCACCACGGCACCAUUUUGUUCAAGCUGUCGGAAAAAGCGCGGGAAAGUUCGGAGCUUCCCCAUCGUAAGAUUCAGUUUCACCCGUUCCUGCGUCUGUCGAUGGAGGGUCUGGGGCUGGAGGUGGUGUGGCAGGGGCUCAACUUCUUCGACGUGCAGUGCGGGAUUACCUCCCUUUGUCUCACCUCCUGCGGAAACUGCAUCUGUGGGGCGCCCAAAGACGGGGAGAGGAAGAGCAACAUUCUCCUGAGUGGCGGGGAGCCGCUGGACAACAAGGUCGGCCUGACCUACAUCUCCAACUCGCUGUUUGACGACCUGUCCUGGGAGAACCGGGGUCAGAGGUCGCAGCACAUUGUGGACGGAGAGGAACAUCGACAAGUCUACUCGGAGCAGAGCGCCAACCAGAGGUUUGGGGCAUUCUGGGUAGACAGUCUGUACACCUACGAGAAACCGGAGAAAAGGGGAGCAGGCAGCAAUUCCUCGGAGACAGACAACUCAGAUUCCAUCUUCCAACGGGAGUUCUCUACCCUUCGCUUCCUGUUCGGCAACACGCGGCUGAACUUUUCGUCAUCUCUGUAUCACCGCGCCAUGAAGUUCUGGCACUGCGCGCUGGAUCAUCAGUAUCUGCCCUAUGGUGGGGGUGUUUCUGCUCACAGCCCCUCAUCGGAGGACCGACCCAAACCCACAGAGGAACAGGUCCAGUCGCUGGAGGACUUCAUCCCCACUCGCCUCCUCCACCUCACCUUCCUCAACCCCACCGUCAUGGUUCUCGGCGCAGAACACCCGCCCUGCGAUGUCGCCCGCCGCAACUACAAGAGCCGCCACAAGAAGAGGCUCUUCAGCCUACAGAUCGGCCUGCAGAGAAUCAACGGGGAGGGUGUGGGUUCGAGACCUUUGACCGUGAUGCCCCCUUGUAGCUUUGCUUUGUACCUAAGGUCUUUGCUACUACCCAAGUUGUGGCGUGGGUGGCAAGAUGUCUGUCUCCCCGAUCCUGUACGGCCCGUGCGACACCUCACAGGUCAGCGAGGCGGACUUCCUGUGCCGGCCGCAGCUGAGCCGGAAAGACGUGCGGUCCGACUGUGUGACUGUCACGCUGCAGGUUCCCAAACACACCAGCGUCGCCGAGGCGUCCGUGCACUCCACCAGCUCCCCAUCUCAGCCGGCAGCCAGUCGGCACCAGACGUCUUCCCAGCCGGUCAAGGGCGUCAGCGGCCAGUCAGUCGGUCAGUCGGUCGGUCAAGAGGACAAGCCAGGAGACCGUGACGGGAAGCGAAGGACGGGUGUGGAGGAGGAGAAGGACGGGUUCGGUCGACUGGUGGCUCAGUACUUUCCUCUGAUCAGACUCUUACACUUGCAGUUUGAGCUGCAGCCGUGUGCAAUCUUCUUGCCCAAGACGAGCGUGCCCCAUGCAGAGUCCAGCCCCGACGUCCUGUCCAUGGUGCAUCAGGCGCGCCAAGCUGGCCGUCUGUCCGACACGCUGGUCGUCUGUCUGCCAGGAGUCGCCAUCACCAGCGCCAUCUGUCGACCCAUCAACGUGGCUCAGGAGCUGCCAGUCACCUCUAUACAGGGCUCUCUUAUAGGUGAGAAGUUACCGUGGACGGUAAAAGUGAGCGGUGCAUGUGUGUACUCCCUCCUGUCCGGGCAGCCGCGACCGGCCGUGCUGCUCCACCCGCUGGACGUGCUGUCCACGCUCGCCGUCAGCUGCAAGUACAGCCCACCUACCUCCGAGGUCAUCAGCACGCUGGCCUUGUGUCUGCACGUGGACGUCGGUCAGCCGGUCAUGGAGGUCUCCAGUGCUCAGCUCCACCUGUGCUCCACUGUGGCGGGCACGGUCUCCGCUGUGGUCAACAACUCCCACACUCUGCUCACCGCCUGCUGCAAGCUGUUCGCGCAGGAAGUGCACAGGAAGCCUCGAGUCUCGCCGCGCGGACCGCCCAGUCAGCGCAGAAGUGUGGCCUCCACCAACAAGAUUGAGAGCAUUCGUUCAGCUGACGUGACGGAGAACGUGACGACCGACGUGUCGGAGGACCUCUCUCACGACGCCAGUCCUCUCCACGAGAGCAUCUUUGAGGACGAGGAGGACGCGGGAGUGAAGUUGUCGCUGUGGCUGCAGCUGAUGGUGCCCAGCGUCCAGUGUAGCGUGUACCACGUCUGUCCUGGCACGCAGCGAGAGAGUGGUGUUCGUCUGACCUUGGAUCACGUGGACCUGAGCCUGGACUCCCAGACGGUGUACAGCAAGGCCAAACUCACCCUCGGAGCUGUGGGCCUGCAGCACUCACAGCGCAGAGAGGAUGGCGGCUGGACAUGGUCGAGCGCGGACGGUGCGGUUGUGUCCAGUUCCCGGCGGUUCCCGCGACAUCUUUUGGUGGCCUCCAACAAACCGUGGCUGGGAGACAACACGCCCGUGUCAUUCGCACCUGCGCACGACGCGUCGGCCAAGGAGAAGAAGCACGGUGUGUUGUCCGUGACCUUCACGCGUGCCCUGUGCAAGAAUGUAAAGAAGAGGCUGCGCAGGUCCAACGUGGAGCUGCCGAGCGUGGACGAGACGGGACCCCUCGAGGGGGAGUCUGACGGAAAGUCGGGUCGCGCGGGGGAGGAUCUUUACUUCCACGAGUACCUCUCGGAGAUCUGCGUCAAGACGGAACCGUUCGACUUUGUCCUCAAGUCUGAGGUGAUGGACGUUGUGUUGGGUUUGACGAAGGGUGCGGGGCAGAGGGGUGAGAAAGUAGGUCGCUCGGACGGACAGCAUGCUGGGAUAGCUCCGGCGGCCAAACCUCGGGGUCAGGCUCAGGGGUCGUUGGACCAGGGGCAGGCUUGGUUAGAGAGUAUGAGCGUGCACAACUGGCCACUUCUGUACGCCGACGUAGGACUGGUGAGAAUAUUUGUCCCCACUCGCAGCAGCGACGAAACAUCCUCUUCACCACAAAUUGGAAAAAGUGGCCUGAAUUUGAACUCGAAGAACAAGAGGAGUCCUGACUCUACCGGUGAAGACCUUUCUGUUUCGACUGCUGAGGUCGCGGGCGUCUCAUCGCAGGCUAGUAUGUCUGCCACCGACACAGCACCCGCCCAACAAAUGACGGACGGUGCCACAUCGCCAUCUGUGGCCCCACACCGCGGUGCCACACAGCAGGAAGUCUCAGCGGGGUCAGGUUCUGGUGAGCGGGAGAGCCAUGGAGAGCCGUCAGAGAGCCCCGGAGAGCCGGUAGAGAGUCACGUGGGCAGCUCCACCCUGCUCCACGACAUGCUAGUCCUACAGGUCAACAGCUGCACGCUACAGCCACACGCAGACAACCCUUUGCCACGGUCAGCCCAGGAGAAGGAGGUGUACGUCCGAGCGGUCCAGUCAGGCCUGACCCACCAACCCGGGGCGGUCAUCGAAGACCGACAGUACCAGAUGGACGUCAAGGGUCUCUCUGUCUCCACAGGCGUGUGGCAACAAGUCCUGCAGGACGUGAGGUCCGGAGAGCUCCAUCGCUCCCCUACUGGCUCCACCUACCAGAUCCCCGCCCUGGACUGGAACACAUUCCUCAUGGACAGUAUGACUCAGGAGAGGAAGGAGAUCCGUCUGGUUCCCAUAGCAACGGCUUUUGACCUGUGCCUGGUGCUGGCUCCACCCAUCAGCUACGUCGCUCAGCCCGACACAUCCCUGGAUCCUCUGACCAAGCCACAGUCUAAACUGGUGUGUGGUUUCACCACGGAGCUGAACCUGACCUCCGACCUUGACCUGUACCUGAGCACGAGUCAGGUGAAGCUGCUGAGCCAGGCAGUGUCGCAGUUUGUCCCGUCCGGGGGUCACCACACCGCCACAGGGCCACCCGCCAACCGCCCUACCCCCACAUCCAACUCAUCAGGCGAUUUGUCUGCGACGACCUCCUACUUUAACCCUGUGGGUGGUGGUGGUGUGCGGCCGGAGAUGAAAGGUCAGGUGGGGGUCGGGCUGACCGGCGGUAGAGAGUUCCCGACUCCCCCGCUGACCGGCGGGGUGGACAGUGGGGUGGAGAGUGAGGUGUCGGUGCGUACGACGGACAGACAGCGGACCCACGGUGGUGCUGCGAUGGAUAGACAGCGGUCUCACGGCGGUGCUAUGAUGGACAGACAGCGGUCUCAUGGCGGCGCCCCGAGGUGGGAGAGAGGUGGCGCGGGGUUCGCGGUUUGUGCUGGCGGCAAGGAAGGAUUGACGUCUGCUGUAGAUGACGGAGCUACCGGUGAUGGGUGGGCGGGUUUACCUCCCCUUGACGUGCUGCUGACUGCUGGUCGCAUCUCUUGUACUGUCUAUACACACAAGAUUCUGUCGGAGACCAUCACUCAAGAAAUGCCACUGUUCCGAGAGUGUGGCAAAUACCGGCGACCUUCAGCUCAGAGCGAGGGCGGAGGUCACACACGAGUGGCCCCAAUGUCGGACAACCUCGGAGCUGUCCUCAGCGUGACCCCGCCACAGGGCAGCGGGUCUCGGCGGGGCGGUAGGGAGGCGGACGAGGAGGGUGGGGGGACGGAGGAGGAGGAGGAAGAGGGUUCGGAUCCCAGUGAAGAACCAUUCACUACGUUCAACUUUAUGAAGACAUGGUCAGUCUCCAUGUGGAGCGUCCACUGAGGCUGAAACUAGGUCAGCUGGCCCUGGAGCAGAUGGCGACCUUCACCUCUGAGGUGAGCGACCUCUUUGUGCGACCUGGCGACUCACACGGGCCGACACACACCGCGACGGCGGGUGAUGAAGAACCCACAUUGAGAGAGGGUGCCUCGCCGGGCAUGCAGAUACAUCUAGAUGUUUCCAAGUGGGUGGAGAGGGUAGAGGUGAACACGUCCCAGCUGAUGGUUGUUAUGGAAACGAGCAACGUCACUUCCUGUGCGGCCAUGACUGCGUCGGUGGAGGGAGUGAGUCUGGAGGCAGACCUUUGUGGUAAUCCGACAGCCUCAGUUGUUCCUGGAGGUGGAGACAAGCCUGGUCCUGCUCAAGGUCGGUCAAGAGCACGUGUUCUGCCUCACCGACUUCCUGAGUGCCCUCAGCCGCAGUCUGCAGGAGCUGUUCCCCCGCGGUUCUUCAUCCUCCUCGAGAAGAAAAACGGCGUCGGAAGGUGAAGGUCACAGCUCCAAAGAGGGCCCGGCGACGCCUCGUUCUACGGUUGACCCAGAUUUUGUAGUUGACCGCACCCACGACGACUUGAGAUGUGGUGGCUUCCAGUAUAUCGAGGAAUCAGGCUGUUACAUGGGCAACACGGUGGAGACGUGGCAGUUCUCCCUGCCUCCCUGGCCGCCUGUACGUGUGUGGACUCAGCCUUCAUCCCAUCGCUGGUGCCCGCCGUGCGUCUGUCUGUCUGCGUGGGGGGUGUGGAGGUACAGCUGGCAAACCACACCAAGUACAACAGCCAAGCAGAAGGCUCGGACAGUCGCGGGAUGUACAAACCGGGGCCAGACACGGCCGAUGAGCAAGUGUUCCUGGUCUACAAAGGGAAACAACUGGUGGCACACGUGUCCCAGCUGACGGGACCGCAGGCCAAACUGUCGCUCAAGCCCGUCUGCCCCGGGACCCGGCCUCAUCUUCAGCCACUACGUGAUCUGUAACAGCACGACCUCCGCGCUCAGGUUUGGACAGUACAGAUGAAGGUGACCAUAUGUGGCCAAGUGUUGGUGUCCAACCGCCUGUCUCAGCCCGUGACCUUGAAGUUGUGCCACGCCCCGUCUUCCACACCUCUGUCUUUCUCCCCGCCUGUCUCCGCCCCCAGCAUUACCACAGGCAGCAUCGACGUCAGCACUUCCUCUUUCUCCUCCUCCGCUCAAGGGAAGCACUAUACAGUGGCGGCAGGAACCACCUUGCCUUCCCUCGUCUCCUCGGACGUCUUGGAUCACCCGAUCCAGUUCCGCCUGGCGGGAUUCUCCACGUCGUGGUCACAUGACAUCUUUGUGAGCGGCGACAGGAUGAAGGAGAACCAGAUGGUCAAGAUUCCGUUGCCCGACGGUUCGUCUUACUUCCACGUCUGGUGUCGGAUCUUCUGCCAACAUUUCCACGGAACUGCUCAAAAACUGGUCAGACAUGCAACUGUCCAGCCCGGCUGUUGUCCUGUCCACCGGCCUGAUUGACCAGCUGGAGCGUAGCCCGGUGACCCGGCCAGACAUCCAGGCCAUGUGUGAGAUGGUUCAGGACACGGCGCACCGGGGCUGGCCAUACCUCCUGGAGCCCGGCCAUGCCGGGGAUUCCAACCUCGACCUCUCGGCUCACGACCAGAUCUGCCACGGGCCUGGCUCAGACAGCAGCGACUACAGCGACGGCGCAGCGGCGAAGGGGGCGGUGCUAGAACCAGACGACCUUGACCCUCAGCCCAGCAUUGACCUGAACGUGCGACUGUCGGAGUACCUCCCUGGCUGCGGCACACUGCUCGUCGAGGUCGCGCCCGCAUGUCUGCUGCACAACGCCACAGACUUGACCCUGAAGGUCGCGGCCGCGCCCGUAGAACAAUCCCUGACCUUGAACCCUGGACAAACUCUGGCCCCGCCGCUAGGCAAAGAGUUUCAGCUCUCGGUUGGAGAUGAAAGUGGAGAGGCGCAGUCGAAAACUAUCCAAAUGUCGGAAGAGCCGAUGGACUACAAACGCUACAACGAGGACAUCGGACGCAUUCUCUUCAUGGACGGCUAUGUGCACGUGUCAUUUGUGUGGCCCGCGGGUGGAGACACGGGCGCUCGGGUGACCUUUGUGACCGUGACCUCUGACUUCCAGCACGGCAUCCGGGUCGUCUGCGUGAGGGAGAGGUUCGCCUUGACCAACCAGAGCGGCAUGACCUUGACCUGCAAGCUGUUGGCACUGCCUCUUGGGUGUCGGCGGGUCAGCCUGUGUGAGGAGACCGCUGUGACCAACGUGGUGCAAGGACGAGACAGCGACCCAAGCGACGAGAGUUCUGACCCAGGCCAGAGGUCAAAGGGUCAGGAGCCUCUUCCGUUGUUUGGGUGGGCCACAGUAAAUGAGGUCGGGGGUCAAGCAGGGGUCAAGUCUGAAGGCAAUGAGGACAGUUUGGACCCGACGUUUGUCUGUUAUAUUGCCUUCGCCGUCCAUAGGGAAAGAGAAUCAAGACUGCACAGUCCAGGAGCAGCAAGAACUGGUCUCUGACCUGCCGUGUGUGGCCCCCGGUGGCUGGUCCCACUACACGCCGCCCGCCAUCAACGCCAGCUACACCAGCACGGAGACAGCCGUCGUGCCAAAACUUCACUUCCGGGCCGUGCGUGACAAGUUGGGAGACACAAACAAACCUGGCGUCACGGAGUGGAGCUCGCCGGUACAAGUGGGCGGCAACACCGACGCCUUUCUCCGUCUGCCCGACCUCUGUGACCUCAAGGUCAUGAUCGAGCCCGUGGGCAUGGUGACUCACCUCGUGGUGCGUCCGGUGAGCAAGGCUGAGGUCACCGCCAAGGAAAUCCGCAGCAGGCUGACGGAUCAGCAAUCUUCCACGUCUGCCGGACACACGGAGAGAUCGGACGCUAAGAGAGUCGUCGGUUCUCAUCCUCCCUCGCCCAGACGCGAGUCGCAGGUCCAGAAUUCUUCGACAUCGCAGGAGUCUACGCCACAUUCCAAGCUCGGUUCUGGGGCGGUCGUGGGGGAGAAAAUGUCGUCUACCCCCUCCGCACCAUCGCCAUCACGUCACUCAGACGGUAAAGACGCGUCGACGUCUCAAUCCUCUGCCUUCACUCCGGCCGUCCGGUUUUCAGAGAGGGACAGAGUUCGAAGGAAGAACAGCGAGGAGUCGAACUCUCGGGUCAAGGUCACGGUCGGGGUGGUGUGUUCGUGGUUCACGGUUUCCUUAGAGGACGAGAGUAAGCAGGGAGUGCUCUCCGAGCUGAUGUGCGUCCAUCUGCACGAUUUGUUUGCGUGUUCGUUCCCGGUGUCGCGGGGGCCGGAGUGCAGCAGACGUGAGGUGAGUUACGCACUGAGUGCCGGCCGUGUGCAGGUGGAUAACCAGCUGUACGGGGUCGGGCAGUACGACUUUCCCGUGGUCCUCGUGCCGCAGGGGGCGGGGGGGAGGGGAGGGGGAGGUGAGAACAACAACAACAACAACAACAACAGCAACGACAACAGCGGGGGAGGAGGAGGAGGAGGAGGGAGAUCCUCUUCCCUUGUGUCUUCCUCCUCCUUCCUGUCUUCCUGCAUGGAGGAGGGGAUGUCUGUGGUGGAGCUCCACGCCGUGCUCAGGUCAAGGUCGUUCCUCCACCUACAGGUUGUGACCCUGUUCGACCCGACCUGGAACCAGUCGAGCGUUGAGAUGUUGGACGUGUCCCUCCAGCCCCUGUCUCUCUACAUCGACGACGCGUUUGUCUAUCGCGUGCUGGAAGAACUCGAAGGAUUCACCCCGACCCGACAAACCAUGACCUCCUCCUCCUCACCAACUCCAAACUCUCCCCCCGGAGCUCUUCACCGGUCCGUCCCGCCGGUCGUCGCGGUCAACUCGUAUGUGUUCAGCCGACCGGUCAGGAUCCGCCAGUUCACCAUUCAGCCAAUCAGAGUGCUCCUCAGCGUGCACGCGUCUCUCAAGCUGUUCCUGGCGUCCGACCACACGCCUCUCAGUCUGGCCAAGUUUGAGCGUGUCGCGGUCUACUCCACCACCCAGAGGCUGGUCCACGCCCUCACCAUGCACUACGCCUCCGCCGCUAUUUUUAGAGCAGUGAUGAAGCCGGCAAGACUUUUCAGUGAACGGCGGAGUCAUGGCGGCGGUACUCGGCGACCACCAAUUAGUCCCAUCUUGUGGGAUUUUAUUCCUUCAGCUUUUCUGAGUUCUCGCACAGGUGCGGUGGCAGGUAUCGCUGACCAGCCCCUGCAGACCCUCAUCUCGUCGGGCGAGCGGUCCGAGCGUCCAUCGACGGCGUCCUCUGCUGCGUCCGGCCUGGUCACCGGGGUGGGCAAAGGUCUGGUCGGAGUCUUCACCAAACCCAUCGGUGGAGCCGCAGAGCUGCUGUCUCAGACGGGUCAAGACACUGGCAAAAUCGUGUCUUCCCUUCCCUCAUCCUCCAUCCUGCUGUCUGCGCGGGCGGUGACCUUUGACCCGGCGGGUGCAGAGGUCAAGGUGGAGCUGUUGCUGACCCCUGAGGUGGUGGUGGUGGUGAGCCUGGAGGAAGACGCUACGCAGCAGACACUGGCCUUGUCCGAGCUGGAGUGUGGGCGGGGCUUGUCCUCUGGGGGCGGGGCCGGGGGCGUGGUGCUUACCUGGCAGGAUCAGUUCUACUGUAGCACCGUCAUGGAGAACCAGAACGCCAACAAGGAGAGGGUGGCUGCUUUCAUCGACUCAACGGUCAACCUGACCUCUCAGCCACUGACGGGCCAUGAUUUACCCGAGCCUCGGGAGUCGGACCAAACAAUCCCGGAGAUGCGACCGGAAGAAACCGUUCCUGUCAAGAAUUCCUCCGAAGAGACACGCCAAAGAAGUAACAGCCAAUCGGAGAGGCUCCAAAGAACCAACAGCCAAUCAGAGAGCAGCAGACAGGAGAGUUCUACCCAAUGGGCUUCUUUGCCGGAGUGCGAGUUUCACAUGGACCCUCAUUUGGAGGAAUUGUUUUUGACACUUUUUACACUGGCCAAAAACAAACUUCAGGGGCGCGGAUUUCCCGUGUGAAGAUGUUGUGACGCUGUGCGGUGAGAGGAAGUCCUCAUGGGCCACUCGCUGGCCAGUCUUUGUCAAGACUCGCAACCGUAAGGUCGUGGGUUCGAAUCCCCGUCAGGGGCCUGACAUUGUGUCCUUGGGAAAGUCGCUUUACACGAAUUUUCCUCACUUCACCCAGGUGGGACUGAGUACCACCCGGCCCUAGACAAUGAAAGAUCUUGUCAGUUUGUUAGUGUUUGAGCGCUUAACCAGCUGCUUGCACUGUAUGCUUCCCGGGAAGCUGAAAAUAUUUCUGAGUGUUCUAUGGUCGGCUGGGGUAAUAAUAUAGUGUAAAGCACUUGCUAUAGAGUGGGGGUAUGGGCCAUACAAAUGCUGUUUAUUAUUAUUAUAAUGGACACGAAAGUUUUGAACGUCAAACUCUCACUAUUAAAAUAGACAGCAAACGAGACGGGGUUAGACCCAAAACUGAUUUGGCUUUUUUUUAAUACUUUCAAACUAACUGAUUUGGGUUUUUUUAUACUUUCAAACAAACUGAUUUGGGUU